CCGCCCCGGAGCCGGCUGCCGGCUGGGAAUGGGCCCGCGGCUGCGAGGGCGGGGCGGGAAGGCGGCGAGGAGCCGAGCUGGGUGCGGUGAGGCGCGCAGAUCACCGCGGUUCCUGGGCAGGGCACGGAAGUCUGAGCGAGGCUGACCUGCUGCAGCUCCCGCCUCGUGCGCUUGCCCCACCCGGCCGCCGCCCGAGCGCUCGAGAAAGUCGUCUCAGGAGAAGCAGCGCUUGUUUCCCGGGCAGAUCCAGGUUCAGGUCCUGGCUAUAAGUCACCAUGGCACAGCAAGCUGCCGAUAAGUAUCUCUAUGUGGAUAAAAACUUCAUUAACAACCCGCUGGCCCAGGCCGAUUGGGCUGCCAAGAAGCUGGUAUGGGUGCCUUCCGACAAGAGUGGCUUCGAGCCUGCCAGCCUCAAGGAGGAGGUGGGCGAAGAGGCCAUCGUGGAGCUGGUGGAGAAUGGGAAGAAGGUGAAGGUGAACAAGGAUGACAUCCAGAAGAUGAACCCGCCCAAGUUCUCCAAGGUGGAGGACAUGGCAGAGCUCACGUGCCUCAAUGAAGCCUCAGUGCUGCACAACCUCAAGGAGCGUUACUACUCAGGGCUUAUCUACACCUAUUCCGGCCUGUUCUGUGUGGUCAUCAAUCCUUACAAGAACCUGCCCAUCUACUCGGAAGAGAUUGUGGAAAUGUACAAGGGCAAGAAGCGGCAUGAGAUGCCCCCUCACAUCUAUGCCAUCACAGACACUGCCUACAGGAGUAUGAUGCAAGACCGGGAAGAUCAGUCCAUCUUGUGCACGGGCGAAUCUGGAGCUGGCAAGACAGAGAACACCAAGAAGGUCAUCCAGUAUCUGGCGUACGUGGCGUCCUCACACAAGAGCAAGAAGGACCAGGGUGAGUUGGAGCGGCAGCUGCUGCAGGCCAACCCCAUCUUGGAGGCCUUCGGGAACGCCAAGACCGUGAAGAAUGACAACUCCUCCCGCUUUGGCAAAUUCAUUCGAAUCAACUUUGAUGUCAACGGCUACAUCGUUGGAGCCAACAUUGAGACUUAUCUCCUGGAGAAAUCUCGUGCCAUCCGCCAAGCCAAGGAAGAACGAACCUUCCACAUCUUCUAUUAUCUCCUGUCUGGGGCUGGAGAGCACCUGAAGACCGAUCUCCUGUUGGAGCCGUACAACAAAUACCGCUUCCUGUCCAACGGGCACGUCACCAUCCCCGGGCAGCAGGACAAGGACAUGUUCCAGGAGACCAUGGAGGCCAUGAGGAUUAUGGGCAUCCCAGAAGAGGAGCAAAUGGGCCUGCUGCGGGUGAUCUCAGGGGUUCUUCAGCUCGGCAACAUUGUCUUCAAGAAGGAGCGGAACACCGACCAGGCGUCCAUGCCGGACAACACAGCUGCCCAAAAGGUGUCCCAUCUCUUGGGCAUCAAUGUGACCGAUUUCACCAGAGGAAUCCUCACUCCGCGCAUCAAGGUGGGACGGGAUUAUGUCCAGAAGGCUCAGACGAAAGAGCAGGCUGACUUUGCCAUUGAGGCCUUGGCCAAGGCCACCUAUGAGCGGAUGUUCCGCUGGCUGGUGCUGCGCAUCAACAAGGCUCUGGACAAGACCAAGAGGCAGGGCGCCUCCUUCAUUGGGAUCCUGGACAUCGCGGGCUUCGAGAUCUUUGAUCUGAACUCCUUUGAGCAGCUGUGCAUCAAUUACACCAACGAGAAGCUGCAGCAGCUCUUCAACCACACCAUGUUCAUCCUGGAGCAGGAGGAGUACCAGCGCGAGGGCAUCGAGUGGAACUUCAUCGACUUCGGCCUCGACCUGCAGCCCUGCAUUGACCUCAUCGAGAAGCCAGCAGGACCCCCUGGCAUCCUGGCCCUGCUGGACGAGGAGUGCUGGUUCCCCAAAGCCACCGACAAGAGCUUCGUGGAGAAGGUGGUGCAGGAGCAGGGCACCCACCCCAAGUUCCAGAAGCCCAAGCAGCUGAAGGACAAAGCCGAUUUCUGCAUCAUCCACUAUGCCGGCAAGGUGGAUUACAAAGCCGACGAGUGGCUGAUGAAGAACAUGGACCCGCUGAACGACAACAUUGCCACGCUGCUCCACCAGUCCUCUGACAAGUUUGUCUCGGAGCUGUGGAAGGAUGAGAUGCAGAGCACUCAGAGAGCCUAUUUCUAUCAUCGCUUUCCUAUUCUCCACCUAGAACCAGUGGACCGCAUCAUCGGCCUGGACCAGGUGGCCGGCAUGUCAGAGACGGCACUGCCCGGGGCCUUCAAGACACGGAAGGGCAUGUUCCGCACCGUGGGGCAGCUGUACAAGGAGCAGCUGGCCAAGCUGAUGGCCACGCUGAGGAACACCAACCCCAACUUCGUCCGCUGCAUCAUCCCCAACCACGAGAAGAAGGCCGGCAAGCUGGACCCGCAUCUUGUGCUGGACCAGCUACGCUGCAACGGCGUUCUCGAGGGCAUCCGCAUCUGCCGCCAGGGCUUCCCCAACAGGGUGGUCUUCCAGGAGUUUCGGCAGAGAUACGAGAUCCUGACCCCAAACUCCAUUCCCAAGGGCUUCAUGGACGGGAAGCAGGCGUGCGUGCUCAUGAUCAAAGCCUUGGAGCUCGACAGCAACCUGUACCGCAUCGGCCAGAGCAAAGUCUUCUUCCGCGCUGGUGUGCUGGCCCACUUGGAGGAGGAGCGGGACUUGAAGAUCACUGACGUCAUCAUAGGGUUCCAGGCCUGCUGCAGGGGCUACCUGGCCAGGAAAGCGUUUGCCAAACGGCAGCAGCAGCUAACGGCCAUGAAGGUUCUGCAGCGGAACUGUGCUGCCUACCUCAAGCUGCGGAACUGGCAGUGGUGGCGGCUCUUCACCAAGGUCAAGCCACUGCUGCAGGUGAGCCGGCAGGAGGAGGAGAUGAUGGCCAAGGAGGAGGAGCUGGUGAAGGUCCGAGAGAAGCAGCUGGCUGCGGAGAACAGGCUCACGGAGAUGGAGACCCUGCAGUCUCAGCUCAUGGCGGAGAAAUUGCAGCUGCAGGAGCAGCUCCAGGCAGAAACCGAGCUGUGUGCUGAGGCUGAGGAGCUCCGGGCCCGCCUGACCGCCAAGAAGCAGGAGCUAGAAGAGAUCUGCCAUGACCUCGAGGCCAGGGUGGAGGAGGAGGAGGAGCGCUGCCAGCACCUGCAGGCAGAGAAGAAGAAGAUGCAGCAGAACAUCCAGGAGCUCGAGGAGCAGCUGGAGGAGGAGGAGAGCGCCCGGCAGAAGCUGCAGCUGGAGAAGGUGACCACCGAGGCGAAGCUGAAGAAGCUGGAGGAGGAGCAGAUCAUCAUGGAGGACCAGAACUGCAAGCUGGCCAAGGAAAAGAAACUGCUGGAAGACAGAAUAGCUGAGUUCACCACCAACCUCAUGGAAGAGGAAGAGAAAUCUAAGAGCCUUGCCAAGCUCAAGAACAAGCAUGAGGCUAUGAUCACUGACUUGGAAGAGCGCCUCCGCAGGGAGGAAAAGCAGCGGCAGGAGCUAGAGAAGACACGCCGGAAGCUGGAGGGAGACUCCACGGACCUCAGUGACCAGAUCGCCGAGCUCCAGGCUCAGAUUGCGGAGCUCAAGAUGCAGCUGGCCAAGAAAGAAGAGGAGCUCCAGGCUGCCCUGGCCAGAGUGGAAGAAGAAGCUGCCCAGAAGAACAUGGCCCUAAAGAAGAUCCGGGAGCUGGAAUCUCAGAUCUCUGAACUCCAGGAAGACCUGGAGUCUGAGCGUGCUUCCAGGAAUAAAGCUGAGAAGCAGAAACGGGACCUUGGGGAAGAGCUAGAGGCGCUGAAAACAGAGUUGGAGGACACGCUGGAUUCCACGGCUGCCCAGCAGGAGCUCAGGUCGAAACGUGAGCAGGAGGUGAACAUCCUGAAGAAGACCUUGGAGGAGGAGGCCAAGACCCAUGAGGCCCAGAUCCAGGAGAUGAGGCAGAAGCACUCGCAAGCCGUGGAAGAGCUGGCGGAGCAGCUGGAGCAGACGAAGCGGGUGAAAGCCAAUCUCGAGAAGGCCAAGCAGACGCUGGAGAACGAGCGGGGAGAGCUGGCCAACGAGGUGAAGGUGCUGCUGCAGGGCAAAGGGGACUCGGAGCACAAGCGCAAGAAAGUGGAGGCGCAGCUGCAGGAGCUGCAGGUCAAGUUCAACGAGGGAGAGCGCGUGCGCACGGAGCUGGCCGACAAGGUCACCAAGCUGCAGGUGGAGCUGGACAACGUGACCGGGCUCCUCAGCCAGUCCGACAGCAAGUCCAGCAAGCUCACCAAGGACUUCUCCGCGCUGGAGUCCCAGCUGCAGGACACUCAGGAGCUGCUGCAAGAGGAGAACCGGCAGAAGCUGAGCCUGAGCACCAAGCUCAAGCAGGUGGAGGAUGAGAAGAACUCCUUCCGGGAGCAGCUGGAGGAGGAGGAGGAGGCCAAGCACAACCUGGAGAAGCAGAUCGCCACCCUCCACGCCCAGGUGGCUGACAUGAAGAAGAAGAUGGAGGACAGUGUGGGGUGCCUGGAAACCGCAGAGGAGGUGAAGAGGAAGCUCCAGAAGGACCUGGAGGGCCUGAGCCAGCGGCACGAGGAGAAGGUGGCCGCCUACGACAAGCUGGAGAAGACCAAGACACGGCUGCAGCAGGAGCUGGACGACCUGCUUGUGGACCUGGACCACCAGCGCCAGACUGCGUGCAACCUGGAGAAGAAGCAGAAGAAAUUUGACCAGCUCCUGGCAGAGGAGAAGACCAUCUCUGCCAAGUACGCAGAGGAGCGUGACCGGGCUGAGGCUGAGGCCCGAGAGAAGGAGACCAAGGCGCUGUCGCUGGCCCGGGCCCUGGAGGAAGCCAUGGAGCAGAAGGCGGAGCUGGAGCGGCUCAACAAGCAGUUCCGCACGGAGAUGGAGGACCUCAUGAGCUCCAAGGACGACGUGGGCAAGAGCGUCCAUGAGCUGGAGAAGUCCAAGAGGGCUCUGGAGCAGCAGGUGGAGGAGAUGAAGACCCAGCUGGAGGAGCUGGAGGACGAGCUGCAGGCCACUGAAGACGCCAAGCUGCGGCUGGAGGUCAACCUGCAGGCCAUGAAGGCCCAGUUCGAGCGGGACCUGCAGGGCCGGGACGAGCAGAGUGAGGAGAAGAAGAAGCAGCUGGUCAGACAGGUGCGGGAGAUGGAGGCAGAGCUGGAGGACGAGAGGAAGCAGCGCUCGAUGGCAGUGGCCGCCCGGAAGAAGCUGGAGAUGGACCUGAAGGACCUGGAGGCGCACAUCGACUCGGCCAACAAGAACCGGGAUGAAGCCAUCAAGCAGCUGCGGAAGCUGCAGGCCCAGAUGAAGGACUGCAUGCGUGAGCUGGAUGACACCCGCACCUCCCGCGAGGAGAUCCUGGCCCAGGCCAAAGAGAACGAGAAGAAGCUGAAGAGCAUGGAGGCCGAGAUGAUCCAGUUGCAGGAGCAGGAACUGGCAGCCGCAGAGCGUGCCAAGCGCCAGGCCCAGCAGGAGCGGGAUGAGCUGGCCGAUGAGAUCGCCAACAGCAGUGGCAAAGGAGCCCUGGCGUUGGAGGAGAAGCGGCGUCUGGAGGCCCGCAUCGCGCAGCUGGAGGAGGAGCUGGAGGAGGAGCAGGGCAACACGGAGCUGAUCAACGACCGCCUGAAGAAGGCCAACCUGCAGAUCGACCAGAUCAACACCGACCUGAACCUGGAGCGCAGCCACGCCCAGAAGAACGAGAACGCUCGGCAGCAGCUGGAGCGCCAGAACAAGGAGCUCAAGGUCAAGCUGCAGGAGAUGGAGGGCACUGUGAAGUCCAAGUACAAGGCCUCCAUCACUGCCCUCGAGGCCAAGAUCGCACAGCUGGAGGAGCAGCUGGACAACGAGACCAAGGAGCGCCAGGCCGCCUGCAAGCAGGUGCGUCGGACGGAGAAGAAGCUGAAGGACAUGCUGCUGCAGGUGGAUGACGAGCGGAGGAACGCCGAGCAGUACAAGGACCAGGCCGACAAGGCAUCCACGCGCCUGAAGCAGCUCAAGCGGCAGCUGGAGGAGGCGGAAGAGGAGGCCCAGCGGGCCAACGCCUCCCGCCGGAAACUGCAGCGCGAGCUGGAGGAUGCCACCGAGACGGCCGAUGCCAUGAACCGCGAGGUCAGCUCCCUCAAGAACAAGCUCAGGCGUGGGGACCUGCCAUUUGUCGUGCCCCGCCGAAUGGCCCGGAAAGGUGCCGGCGAUUGCUCAGACGAGGAGGUGGACGGCAAAGCGGAUGGAGCUGAGGCCAAACCUGCCGAAUAAGCCUCCUCUCCUGCAGCCUGAGAUGGAUGAACAGACGGACCCUGCAGCCUCCCCUUCCCAGACCCCGCAGCACGCCUCCCCUGACCUUCUUGGGACUGCUGUGAACGUGCCUCCCACCCCCAUCCCAUCUCCCUCCAGGCGUGGUGGAGGGCAUUUGGCUUCCUCUGCUGCAACCCCUUCCAGCUCCCUCCCCCGCGCAGAAUCUGAUACCAAAGAGACAGGGGCCUGGGCCCAGGCAGAGAGUGACCAGCAGGCUCCUCAGUCCUCUCGCCAAAAAGCACAAGAUGAUGAGGCGAGGAGGGCAGGCCCCUGGGGAGGGGCCAGAGUUUUCUAUGAAUCUAUUUUUCUUCAGACUGAAGGCCUAUUUGGUAGUUGGACACCCCUGCAGUCAUCAGCCUCCCUGACCUCUGCCACCAGCGCCCCCACUCCUCCCCUUUCUUUGCUGUUGGCAAUCACACGUGGUGACCUCACACCCUGUGCCCUGUGGGCCUCCCCCUCCCGUAGCUCUGGAUGGUCCGGAAAGAGCAGGCCUGGGGGCUCCACCUCUGUGCAGGGCACAGAAUGCUGGGUGUGGGGAGGAGUGGAUUCCUCCCCACCAGUCCCAGGCCACUGUCUCCCUCCCAAUUCUAAAACGUCUCAAGUGCAAUGCCCCCUCCCCUCCUUUACCAAGGACAGCCUGCCCCUGCCACAGCAAGGCUGUUGGGGUCAAGCUGGAAAGUCCAGCAGCCUUCCAGUGACUUCUCCCAGCAUUCUUGGGGACCAAAUAUAUUUAAUGGUUAAGGGACUUGUCCCAAGUCUGACAGCCAGAGUGUUAGAGGGGCCAGCGGCCCUCCCGUGCCAUCUUGUGCCCGCUCCAGCACAGGCCCGAGGGUAGUUUACUGGCACCAUUGACUCAGUCUAGUUUAAAAAUCUGCCACCUGCACAGAUAUUUUUGAAAGCAAAAAAAAAAAAAAAAGGGGGUUUCUUUUUUCCCCUUUCUUGUAAUAAAUAAAAUUGAGUCUUUCUCACUGCCUUUGUUUAGAAGAGAGUAGCUUGUCCUCACUGGUCUACACUGGUUGCCGAAUUUACUUCUAUUCCUAACUGUUUUGUAUAUGCUGCAUUGAGACUUACGGCAAGAAGGCAUUUUUUUUUUUUAAAGGAAACAAACUCUCAAAUCAUGAAGCGAUAUAAAAGCUGCAUAUGCCUACAAAGCUCUGAAUUCAGGUCCCAGUUGCUGUCACAAAGCAGUGAGUGGAACUCCCACCCCACCCCCUUUUUUAUAUAAUAAAAGUGCCUUAGCAUGUGUUGCAGCUGUCACCACUACAGUAAGCUGGUCUACAGAUGUUUUCCACCGAGCAUCACAAUAAAGAGUACCAUGUGCUA